AUGCAAGACGAUUAUCGCAAAAAGUAUGAGGACGGACUUUAUUUCAUUAAUCAAAUCAAUGAAGUCCAUCAACAAAUAGUUCACCGAUAUGAGGAGAUAGCAAGUGAAAUUAUUCAACAGCGGAAUUUGAUUGAAAAGCAACGGGUGUACAUUGAAAAUUUAAUCAAUCAGAUCAAUACCGUGGCUCAAAAAAUGGCAGAACCCACAAGGGAAAACGUUGUCUUGGAAAAUAAAAUGAAGUUUAAUGAACAAACAGAUGUUUUGGCGGUCUUGGAAACGUAUCGAGGAAAGAUGGAGUGGUUUAUCGGAAUCAAAUUUGAACAGAUCUUUCCCGAUAUGGAGGAUAAAAAGAAAACACUUUUUAAAGCUGUACUCAAUAGAGAAAGUGUCCUCUUCAUGUUUGUCACCGAAAAUAAUGAAAUAUUUUGGAUGUUCAUUGAAGACGACGUGAGAGCUGACGUUGUCGACGCGAGCGUCUAUUUGGUUGUUGUGCAUGACACAAUGCCCCAAAUAAAGAAUAUCCAAAAGAAGCUCAUUCUUGGCGAUAACGAAAUUGGGUUGGAAGGCGUGUUCAGGUUGAAUGAAUCAAAACUCGAAGUAACAAACCUUGAUGUAUUACCGAUACAAAGCUGCAGCAUUGACUCAUUCCAGGUCUUGGCUAAAAAAUUGGAGUGA